AUUUCUCUCCAGGGAGGGGAGAAAAUAGUUGAGGAAGGAAGGAUUUCACAUUCACUUGUUUGUUCUACUGAUCAAAACAGAAUUUAAAACGAUAGUUACAGGUGGGAAAUAGGGUAGAUAGAAGGAUUUGGUUGGUUAGUUGGUUCUAGACAGGGAUUACAGACAUAAGCUACCAUAACCAGCAAAUACAGUUAUUUUGCAGUACUAGGAAUUGAACCUGAAGUCUCACUCAUUUUAGGCAAGUGCUCUCCCUAACUCUUAGUGUUUUACCAUAAGUAGGAAAAGACAUUUUAUCGUGACCAUGCCCUAGCGUGAAAGGACUUACAUAGGAUCUCCUGCGUGGUAAGAACUUCCACCAACAUCCACUUUGGACAACUACCACCCAAGAAUGGAAGAGAGAAAUAGGUAUUAUAUCUGGGUAGGCAAGCCCCCUCUUGACUGGAACUCCAAACUAGGACACGUAUGUCUGGUUGCCACUCUCUAGAUGUCAUACAGACCCUACAUAGCCACCUCCAAGCCAGGAUAUAAUAGCUGCUGGAAUUUUGUCAGCCUUGAGGGGAGACUAUAAGCUGCAACCAUACUUGUAAGAGAAAAGGAGUGUUGAAGAAGACAGGUAGGAGACAGAUUAAAUGAUGGUCCUCCAUCUUGUUCAUAUUUGGUCUCUGACAGAAACGAGACUAUCAGCACCAGCAUCGCCCCAUGCCCUUGGACUGAGCUGAACAUGAUCAUUUAGGUCGAUAAUAAAACAUCAAGAAGCAGGCUAUCUGGAGGCGGGGAAAGCCAGGUGACUAAGCUGUAGUUCUGCCUCCCUUCCAACAGGUCUCCCAGUAAGCAGUGAACCUGGGUUAGGAACAGAGACCUCUCUCCACGUUGCAUGUGCACCUGGCAGUGAUCUAGACCUCUUGGUUUAACCAGGAACUUGGGUUUGGGUAGUACUGGUCACCUGCAGAAGGCCGCCCUGGAUUUAGAAAAUGCAAGGUGGAGUCCAAAUACUGAGGACCGGUCUCACCCCUUGCCCGAUAAUACGUUGGGUGGACCUGGCUGUGCAAGAUUUAAACUAAUGGCUUUGGCUGUGGACAGAUUAGGUCUGAUCCGAUUAGAGCCUAGGCCGUAGUAUUCGCCUCCUUGCCAGGCUCUGUCGAUGUUCUCCCUGCUCUCAGAAGAAGACUUAGAGACGGACUGGAGAACCUUCCCGACACCGAAUUCUGGAUUGGCACCCGACAGUCCGUGCCCCGGGCUCUGCUCUCUCCACACUGGGGGCGCGGGCUUCCGCCCCCUGUGGCCCUUCCGAGCCCCGCCCCGAGCCUGCGGGUGUCGGAGCCCGCGACGUCCCCGCCUCCCCUGCGCGCGCGUGGCGGGUGGGUUCCUCGCAGGUCCGCGGCCCAGCGCGCUCAGCACUGGAAGCGCAGGCGGGCCCCGUGGGCUGCGGCCGGUGCACCUGUCGGCUUCCCCCAGUGGCUCUGCUGCCGCCCCUGCGCGCCGCGCUAGCACCGCUCUCCACGUCCCGUGCUUAGAGGGGUCUGUGUGCCUUGGCGAGGAAGACCGAGAGGGGCCGGCGUCAACGCGACGUGCUGCGGGGCGGGCGGAGUGGGGGCGGCGCCGAACGCGGCAGCGGCAGCGGCAGCGGCGGCGCGGGAGGCGGGGAGGCGCGGCGCUCGGAGGACAGCGGCUGACGGCGGCAUGCGGCGGCUCAUGCUGCCCACCGUGGGCUGAGGCGGCCGCAGACGGGCGGCAGGCGCAGCGGCCGGGCAAGCCGAGGGCGCAGCCAAGCCGCGCGCACCGCGCACAGCGGCAGGGGCUCCGCGCAAUGGGCCGAGCUGGAGGCGGGGGCCCGGACUGGGGGCCGCCGCCAGUGCUGCUGCUUCUGGGGGUCACGCUGGUGCUCACCGCUGGGGCCGUACCGGCACGGGAAGCAGGCAGUGCGAUCGAGGCUGAAGAGCUGGUGAGGAGCAGCCUGGCAUGGGAGUCGCGUGCCAAUGACACGCGGGAGGAAGCCGGCCUGCCAGCAGCUGGGGAAGAUGAGACCUCGUGGACAGAGCCGGGCAGUGAGAUGGCUGCGGUGGGCCCUGGGGUUGGGCCAGAGGAGGCACUAGAGGCUUCGGCUGCAGUGACUGGCACUGCCUGGCUAGAGGCAGAUGGCCCAGGCCUGGGUGGAGUGACUGCAGAGGCUGGCAGUGGCGACGCCCAGACCCUUCCAGCUACGCUCCAGGCUCCUGAUGAGGCCCUUGGGUCAUCUACAAUGCCCCCUGCCAUCCCUGAGGCUACUGAAACCAGUGGACCUCCCUCCCCUACUGACCAUGAUAAGCCUAGUGUAGGCCCUGAACUCCCUAAAGAGAUCCCCUUGGAGGUUUGGCUGAACCUGGGAGGCAGCACACCAGAGCCCACUUUUCCCCUUCAGGGCACUCUAGAGAUCCAACCAGCCUCAGAUAUAAUUGACAUUGAUUACUUUGAAGGAUUGGAUAGUGAGGGUCGUGGUGCAGACAUGGGCAGCUUCCCGGGGUCACCAGGAACCUCAGAAAAUCACCCUGAUACCGAAGGAGAGACCCCUUCCUGGAGCCUGCUUGAUUUAUAUGAUGACUUCACCCCUUUUGAUGAGUCUGAUUUCUACCCCACCACAUCCUUCUAUGAUGAUUUGGAAGAGGAAGAAGAAGAAGAGGAGGAUAAGGAUACAGUAGGAGGUGGAGACCUGGAAGAUGAAAAUGACCUUCUCCUGCCCUCUCAAAAGCCUGGUGUGGGGCCUGGGACAGGACAGCCCACCAACCGGUGGCAUGCUGUUCCUCCACAGCAUACUCUGGGGAUGGUACCUGGCAGCAGCAUCUCUCUUAGGCCCCGCCCCGGAGAUCCAGGCAAGGACCUGGCCUCAGGAGAAAAUGGCACAGAGUGCCGAGUUGGCUUCGUCAGGCACAAUGGCUCCUGCCGGUCAGUCUGUGACCUCUUCCCGAGUUACUGUCACAACGGCGGCCAGUGCUACCUGGUGGAGAACAUAGGGGCUUUCUGCAGGUGUAACACCCAGGACUACAUCUGGCACAAGGGGAUGCGCUGUGAGUCCAUCAUCACCGACUUCCAGGUGAUGUGCGUGGCCGUUGGCUCGGCUGCUCUCGUGCUUCUCCUCCUGUUCAUGAUGACUGUGUUCUUUGCCAAGAAGCUCUAUCUGCUCAAGACUGAGAAUACCAAGCUGCGGAGGACCAACAAAUUCCGGACCCCAUCUGAGCUCCACAAUGACAACUUCUCCCUCUCCACCAUUGCCGAGGGCUCUCAUCCAAAUGUAAGGAAAUUUUGCGACACUCCCCGUGUCUCCUCCCCCCAUGCCCGUGCCUUGGCUCACUAUGAUAACAUUGUCUGUCAGGAUGACCCCAGCGCUCCCCACAAAAUCCAGGACCCUCUCAAGUCCCGCCUGAAGGAGGAAGAGUCCUUUAACAUCCAGAACUCCAUGUCACCCAAACUUGAGGGUGGCAAAGGAGACCAGGAUGACUUGGGGGUGAGCUGUCUGCAGAAUAACCUAACCUGAGACUGAGGAAGAAGAGAGGAAAGGGGGGUGGGGGAGGGGAGGACUGUUGUCUCCUCUCGGGCAGAGUCGGCUUCUCGUAACCAUUUGUUAAGCUUUUCUUUUUCUGAUCUCAUGGCAUGCUCUGAUGUGUUUUGUAGGAGGGGGAAACACUUAAAAUAAGCAAAGAAACCGAGCAGGAUUGCAUAUAUCGGAUGGUUCUUGUCUGUGCUCUCUGUACGUUGCUUCUGCAGCUGUGAUUUCUAAACCUCUGCUGGCACUCAGCUGACCUUUUUGUUUUGUACUUUGACCCACCUUUUUUUGGAAUACCAAGUUAAAAAAAAAAAGUUCUUGAAAUAAAACUUUUUAAAAAGCUGUCCA